AAUACUCGUGUUAAAAAUAUCGUGCUAACAUAAUAUUUUAUUUGCAAAUGUCCCAAAAACGUUCACUCUUUAUCUUUCACUUUUUCAUAUAUAUAUAUAUAUAUAUAUAUAUAUAUAUAUAUAGUGUCUUGCAGUUUUUUUCUGCAUUUCAUCGAAUAAGUUUCAGGCCUGCAAUGGCGAUGUCUUUCUCUACUGGGGCUCAUGUUUGCAAGAACUACCCACAAAAACCUGCCAGCAAGCUGACCUCUCCUAAACUCCUUCCAUCUCGAGAUUGUUAUUCCGCUUCUGGAAACUCUGGUUGGUUAAGCGCUGCUUCUAAUCAUGUGAAAUUGGCGAUUUCUGGAAAGACGCUUGCUGUAAAGCCUCGUGUCAAACUAUCAUGGGAGAAGAGAACCGCAGUGUUCAGAACUGCAACUAUAGAGGAAAUCGAAGCUGAAAAAUCUUUUAUAGAAGAAGAUGUUAAAGAGAGGAUGGAGAAGACUAUUGAGAGUGUUAGGUCGAAUUUCAACUCUAUAAGGACAGGGAGAGCUAACCCGGCAAUGCUGGAUAAAAUUGAGGUGGAGUACUAUGGUACUCCAGUCAGCUUGAAGAGCAUAGCCCAAAUUGGCACUCCUGAUGCUAGUUCUAUCCGGAUACAGCCCUAUGAUAAAUCCAGCCAAAAAGCUAUAGAGAAGGCAAUUGUCAAUUCUGAUCUUGGUAUGACUCCAAAUUCUGAUGGAGAAGUAAUAAGAUUAGCUCUCCCUCAAUUAACAUCUGAAAGGAGGAAGGAGUUGUCAAAAGUUUUGGCCAGGCAAGCUGAGGAAGGGAAGGUUGCUUUAAGGAACAUAAGAAGAGAUGCCGUCAAAUCGUAUGAAAAACUUGAAAAGGAGAAAAAACUCUCUGAAGACAAUGUAAAGGAUCUAUCUAAUGAUUUACAAAAAGUUACUGAUGAGUAUAUUAGGAAGAUCGAUGCUAUCUAUAAGCAGAAGGAGAAGGAAUUGCUGACCGUCUAGCAGCAGCUUUUGGGCACGCAAAGUUUAGUUUGGGUUUUACUGGAACACACGCACUUCCUCACAUCUUCUAUGCCCAUGUUUAGUAUGUUUCUGAUUCAUAAAUUUUGUGCAGUUAU